AUGAACAGUGAACGUGAACGUGUGAUCGAGUGCAAAGAAACUGGAAUCGUCAAUAAUAAGCAAAAGGGGAUAGCCUGGGAGAAGUUGACAGAAACAUUUAAUGCCAUUUCUGGUACCGUGCCUCGAACGUCCAGGAAUCUAAAAGACAAAUGGACAAAUUUAAAAAAAACCGCAGUUUGCAAUUUUGCCCACGAUAAAAAAUACGCACGAGGCACUGGCGGUGGUCCCUCCAAAGGCCCAACAGAGACGUCAGUAGACGCAACUGUCCGCGAAAUUUUGGGAGACAGAUUGACAGGUUUGCCAGCGGUGUGUGAUAAUGAUGAUGUAGAAAUAACAAACAGAAAUGAAAUUGAGGAUUCAAUUGUCCCAGAGAUUGAAAAUGAAGGUACCUAUACAAAAAAUAUAUACAUACUUGUAAAUUUCAUAAUAACACCUUUUUUGUAG